AUGCAGAUGAUCUCCAUGAUCUCCCUCCUCCUCGUUGCCUUCGCUGGCAUCCUCGUCGCCGCCAGCCCCAUCACCUCCCCCACCACCUCCCCCGUCCCCGAGUGUCCCUCCGGCAAACCAUUCACUGGCGAAGCCGGCUGCUCCUCCUGCAGAACCGUCGGUAACAUCGUCUGCGGCCGCGACGAGGACCGCGUCACGGACCUGAUCUGCACCUCCUUUGGCACAACCAUGAGCUGGGUGCCGGUUGACGACUCGGGCAAGUGCGGUGUCUAA